UUUUGGUGCCGCUGCAGGCCCCGUUCUCCAGUGGGGAAGCCUGUCCAUAUUUGUUUAAAAGUCUCUUAGCAGUUAAUAAAGAUGCAUUUCCUCCGUCCCCCUUCCUGUGGAGACGGUAUCAAGGCCCUGUUAAGUCCCUUUGAUUUCCACAACCCUCCAAUCACAGUGGGACAUUGACUCAUCAUUGUGCCACUUCAAAGCCUGGGAAUGGCUCUCUCUCCUGGCCACUCCCACCCCUGGGAUCUCCUUAAAAGUCAGGGACACCUUGUCCUCCAGUUGAACAGUUCUAGAGUGCCCGAAGUGAUUGCUGUUAGAACACUAUUGGACCUACCACCCCUCAAUUUAUGCUUCCGGCACCAGUGGAAUAUACUGAAAGCCCAAGACAGAUGUGCAGCACCAAGGAGGGACUGUGAACUACUUUGGAUAUCACUGAUCCAGUUUACUGAUACAUUAUAUUUUUGGCGCACCUCUUCUUGUUGCACCAACUCAUCUAAAGAAUGCAGUCCAUCAGAGACAUGAAGUCCAACUUUAUUGCUCCACCCUCCUCCUCUAUUCCCGGUGGUCCCGACGCCUAUCACCAAGGCAACAUCAGGAUGACUCUGGAGGACCCAGAACUGAAGUCUUUCCAUGAAAUUGGAACAGAGAUGAUUAUCACUAAACCGGGCAGGAGAAUGUUUCCACACUGUAAAAUCAACCUUUCUGGGCUGAUGCCUUGUUCCAAGUACAUCUUGCUGGUUGACAUGGUUCCUGUGGAUGGUUUCAGGUAUAAGUGGAAUAAAGAGAAAUGGGAAGUGGCUGGGAAAGCAGAGCCACAGCCCCCUUGCCGGACGUACCUGCAUCCAGACUCUCCAGCCCCUGGGAGCCACUGGAUGAAACAGACCGUGUCCUUCCUCAAGCUCAAGCUUACCAACAACACCCUAGACCAACAUGGCCAUAUCAUUUUGCACUCCAUGCAUCGCUACCACCCGCGCUUCCACAUUGUCCAGGCAGACGACAUGUACAGUGUACGCUGGAGUGUAUUCCAGACCUUUACCUUCCCUGAGACCUCCUUCACCUCCGUCACUGCUUACCAGAACACUAAGAUAACCAAGCUGAAAAUCGACCACAACCCAUUUGCGAAAGGCUUUAGAGACGAAGGAACUAAUACAAAAAGGCGCGCUAACAGAAACCCAGCCUGCCCAGAGAAUAAAGCAAAGAAAAUUGAUUGUCUAAGCAGAGAGUCAGAUGAGGACAGUCCUCCUGACUUCCCCAGGUCAUCAUUUGAAGGAUACGAAGGAGAGCAAGCAGAACUCCCCAAAACCAAAGAGGAGGAAGUGGUGAAAGAGGAACGCUACUCCCCCUGGGGGCCUGAGAGGGAGCAUGGCCACCACGUCCGGACAGAUUCACCCCCUGGACCUGACGCCAGAGAAAUGUACAAUGCAGAGCAGCUAGUACCAGCCCCGGCUUCAUACCAGCCGUACAGGUUCCAUGAAUACGGGAAGUCUCCAUCUCCCUCCUCCAGCGUAGGCAGCAGCAACGGGGGUUCUGGACGCGCCAGCUUUGAGUCCAGAGUCUCUGAUGUAGCCACAGUCCCAGAGCAUGAGGCCUCCAAGCCCUCUACCCAUGAGAUCGGACCAUCUCCCUGUGGCACCCAGCCCUCUGGAGGACAUCACCAGGACUACACAGGGGUGCUCAACAUGGCCCAGGCAGGCAAGCCAGGGGUCCUCAGCCACCACAUUUACACCCCUUACAGCACCGAGCAGACCCUGGGCCAGUGGAGCGGCCCCAGCCCCGUCCAGUACCCUCCCCCUCACCACCUGCCCUCUGACUACAGUACCCCGGCUGUGCACCACGGAUAUCACCAUGGCAAUGUGGCUGAAUGGAGCCAGUACCCACUCUUCUCUUACUCGUGCUGGUGAAAGCAUUUCCUCAGUUUCUCCCAAAAGAGAAGGACUGCAGUCUCACAAGUGACUCAGCGAGACCUCAUAAAUGCUACUAUGCUGUCAUACCUGUUUCUUCUGUCCCAAGUCCAACACCGCACCCUGACUGCUGAUCCAGAGCUCACGGCCAUACUACAGUAUGCUGGGGCUGAAAGAGAAGGACCUGGGUCAGGAGAAAUGCCAACCAGCAGAGAGAAUAACGGAGUGGAACAGAGACAAUAUACUUCAGAAUGACUUACCAGAGUAGUGGUGUGGACGGACUGGUUUGAUAUCACAACUGUCUUUAGGCCUAAGGCCUGAAAAAUGUAUGCGUUCCUCCCAGUGAAAUGUAUGUUUAUUGCUGAAUUGUCUAUUUAUUUCGUGUUUGGAUUUAGUUUCUCCCUGGUAAAUAUUUUUGUAAAAAAUAAAAACAUUUUGUGUGUAAUAAAUUGCUUUACUGAUAUGUUAAUGUCAUCUGUAUGGA